AAACCACCGCUAGAGGGCGCCUUAGAGCCGGCACCCACUGAACGCUUUUUGACAACUUCCGGCAUUCUGUCGUUUGUAGUUUUCUUUUCGCCCUGAACUAUCAAGAUGGCGCGCGGACCGAAGAAACAUUUGAAGCGUUUAAAUGCUCCACGAGGAUGGAUGUUGGACAAGACCGGCGGUACCUUCGCGCCGCGUCCGUCCACCGGCCCACACAAGCUGCGGGAGUCGCUGCCACUGGUAAUCUUCCUGCGUAACCGUCUAAAGUACGCUCUGACCAACAGCGAGGUGACGAAGAUCGUGAUGCAGCGCCAUGUCAAGAUUGACGGCAAGGUUCGCACCGAUCCGAACUACCCGGCCGGUUUCAUGGAUGUGAUCAACAUCCACAAGACCGGUGAAUACUUCCGCCUGAUCUACGACGUCAAGGGACGUUUCACCGUCCAUCGUAUUACCAGCGAGGAGGCCAAGUACAAGCUGCUGAAGGUGAAACGUGUCCAGAUCGGACCGAAGCGUGUACCGUACCUGCUGACGCACGACGGACGCACCAUCCGCUAUCCGGAUCCGGUCAUCCACCAGCAUGACUCGAUCCAGUACGACAUCGCCACCGGCAAGAUUCUGGACGUGCUCAAGUUCGAACCGGGCAAUCUGUGCAUGAUCACGGGCGGAAGAAAUUUGGGUCGUUGCGGUACGGUGAUCCUGCGCGAGAAGCACCCGGGAUCGUUCGAAAUUGUGCACGUGAAGGAUACGACCGGACACGUGUUCGCGACCCGUCUCUCGAACGUGUUCAUCAUCGGCAAGAGCACGAAGGCGUACAUCUCGCUGCCGAAGGGCAAGGGUGUGAAGCUGACCAUUGCCGAGGAGCGUGACCGACGACUGGCCAACAAGGCUGCCCAGUAAAA